GCCGCGCGAAAGGGGAUGCGGCGCGCCGCUCCCAGGCGGCGCCGAGCGCUUCCGGUGGGGCCUGGUGUCCACGGCGCGGCCAUGGCGGAGCUGACGGACGCGGAGCUCCGGAAGGAGCUGAUCGCGCUGGGCUACCGGCCGGGGCCCAUCACCGCCACCACCCGCAAGGUCUACGCCAAGAAGCUGGCGUGUCUGCAGGCCGAGGCGGCCGAGCCCAGGCGCAGGGGCCAGGCCGCGCCGCCCAGCCCGGGCCGCGGCUCCGCCAGGCCGCAGCAGGCCUCGCCCUCGCGGCAGCGCUCCAGCUUCAUCCCCCCGGCCGGGGCCGCCCGCGACAGUGAGGAGGAGGAGGAGGAGGAGGAGGAUGAGGAGGAGGAAGGGGGGCAGCCGCCCGCGUCCCGCUGGGGCACGGCUGGGGAGAGCGGCCGGCUCUCCGGGGGGGACUCGCGGGGGUCCCCCCCGGGCCGGGGGUUCGGCUCCAGCGCGGAGAGCGCGCUGUCCCGGGACAGCCGGGGCGGGCUGAGCCCCUCGGCGCAGUGGGGGGUGUCCGCAGAGAGGAGUCGGGGGGCCGGGCUGGGGACGGCCCUGGGCGGGCUCGGGGGGCUGGGCUCCCCGUCCCCGUGGGGCACAUCUGCAGAGAGGAGCAGGGGGGGCCUGGGGGAGCUCAGCGUGGGGUCAGAGCCGUCCCUGGACGGGUUGCGGGGCUCAGGCUCCAGGCUGCAGUGGGACGUGUCGGCAGAGAGAGGCGGGGGGCUCAGCACCGGGCUGAGGCCGUCCCUGGACAGGUUUGGGGGGUCGAACUCCACAUCCGCGUGGAGCCUGCCCGCAGAGAGGAGCGAGGGGCUCAGCGUCAGGGCCGGCUCAGGGCCGUCCCUGGACGGGAUUGGGGGGCUGAGCUCCACACCCCUCUGGGGUUCCUCCACGGGCAGGAGUGGGGGGCUCAGCUCCAAAACCCUUUUCAGUGAUGAGAGUGUGGGUCUGAAGUCCAGGAGCCAUUGGGGCACGGCAGGAGGAGGACUUGGGGGGCAGAGCUCCCGAGCUCAGUGGGACACGGCAGGAGAAAGGAAGGGGCUCUCUAACCCGCCGUGGAGGCGGGACAGCGAGGUGACCCACUGGGGAACCUCGGCGGGAUCUGGGGGGUCGAGUUACCGCUUUGGGAGAGGGCAGGAGGACUUGGGUCCCAGCAUUGGGAAGGAGGCGGACAGGGAGCCGGACUCGGGGGGCUGGGGCGGGGGGCUGAUGCGGCGGCUCCCCUGGAGGGCUGCGAGCCAGGCGAGGGCUGCGAGCCACGCCGGCCCGGCCCCCGCCAGGUGGUGGGAGGUGUCGGGAGCAGGACAGGGAGCAGGACAGGGAGCAGUGACCUCCCGCCCUCACUUGUUGCGGUCAGCCCCGAAGCAGCAGGCGGACGGAAAGAGCAGAGGCCUCGAGUACUACCUCUCCCAGUUCCUUUGCCUCGCCAGCUUUGUGCUGUUCAUGAUUUUUCUGGGCAUCCUCAUGGUGAAGAUGAUUGGGUCGGGCUGGCUUGACAGGAGAGAGGAGAACUUUAAUCUCUUGCCUGUGGAUUGUGACAAAAGAACAGAUGAUUUCUGUCAAGCCAAACAGAAGGACGUGCUGAUGAACGUGCUGCACGAGCUCUAUAACUACUUGUCCGUACAAGCUGGUAAUUUUGAAUGUGGAAACCCUGAGAAUCUAAAAAGCAAAUGCAUUUGGGUUAGUGAAGCGAAGGAUCACGUGGUGAAUGUAACUGGUAGUUCCCCACAGAAGUUUGAGUCUGCCCUGCACUGGAUACUAAACAGUAACAAGGAUUUAGGAAUACAGCUGAAAGGCCGAGACCCGUCGGGAGCAGUGCGCAGCGUGGACGACGUGUUCUGUCUGGAGUCGGCCCACCCGCAGAUGGGGCUGGGCUGCCGCUUCCGCCGGGCCGUGGUCACCGCCAUCAUGAACCUUUUCCUGUUCUUCUGGAGUCUGAUAACUCUUUGGGGGAUCCUGCUCUUCCUUAGGUAUCGCUGGCGGAAGAUGGAGGAAGAGGAACAAGCCAUGUAUGAAAUGGUGAAGAAGAUCAUAGCUGUUGUCCACGACCACUAUAAGGAAUGGGAACGGAAUCUGGAGCGUUACCCCUAUGUCGGCAUUUUCCACGUUCGGGACAGCCUCAUCCCUCCUCAGAGCAGAAAAAAAAUGAAGCGAGUCUGGGAGAGAGCUGUGGAUUUCCUGGCGUCCAACGAGUCGCGGAUCCAGACAGAGUCGCACAGAGUAGCAGGAGAAGAUAUGCUGGUGUGGAGAUGGACUCAGCCUUCUUACGUCUCGGAUUCAGAGCACUGAAGAGCAGCAGAAGUGGAGCAGCUGUGGACACGGACCUUGCGAGGGGACGGCCCCACCUCCUGGGGCUGGGGACUGCACGGAUGUUUGCUCUUCCUUCUGCGAACCUUCACACACAAACAUUCAGGGCAAUAAUGGUGAGUUGGAAAGAAGACGGGCUUGAGCUGGAAUUGCGCCGCAGCGAGCUUUCCAGCAGGUACCCGGCUUCCGUAGGCAAGCAAACCUACAGCAACCGUUUAAAAGGAAACAAAAAAGCGUACCUAAUGUCGAGGGACUGCGGGUCUCUCUGACAAAGCGUGGGUGUUUAAAAUUUGACCUCAAUUCUGCAAAGGCCAACUGGUGGCAGCAUCCACCAGGGAAUGUGUUCAAAGAAGAUUACCAUUUCCCAUGGAAACAUUAGGGUGGCAGUUAAGGUGCAUUUUGUUAGAAUUUGGUUUUAUCUGUGCAAAGACAGUGAUGAAAGCACUCGGUGCUUCCUAACGAGGAAGAUGUCUGUGUCGGCUUCAGCCUUUGUACAUGGGAAGAGGAGGAAGAGUCAGGUGAAGCUGGUGCUAGAGGGAGGGCAGCCCGACGUACCCUGGUGCUCUGGGCUGGCUUGGAGGGUGGUUGUGACCCUGUUACACUUUUUCAAUCUGCAGUCUGUGUGCUUUAUGAUUUCUGGGGGGUGGGGGGAGUUUGGGUGGAAAAUAGAAGAUAUAGGAAGCUUCAGCAAGCGCUUUCUUGUGGCUGCAGCCAGGGAACGGCUCCACGGGCUAUUGAGGAGCAGCUUUGGAAAGGAAACCGGGGCUGAACGCCCGUGUUUAUCCUGGGCAGCUGCGGUGUGUGCGCUCGGGUCAGCGCAGACGUGCCCUGCGCCGAGUUCAGAGGGAUUGCAGGGCAGUGUUCCUGCAGCCUCUCGACAGGCACGAGGAGCAGCGAUCAGUCUGUUCGUGCUGCCGGCCUCGCAUUUUGUGUCUGUAAUCAUUUGGUUACUUACAUUUCUUUUAUGUCCAGCAAAGGAGUGUUUGUUUCAAAGAAAAUCGCAGCAGUGUGUGGCAGUUUAGGCUCGGCAGAGAUACUGCUAAUCUGCUCUUCCCAGUAUUGUAAAACAUCUGUCCAGCUCAUCACGCAGACAGCAGGGACCAGACUCAUUUCUGGCACAAGCUGGUGGAGCCUGCGGAGGGGAGGCAGCGCUGCCGCGAACCCGUGGAAGCCGUGGCUGCUGUUCCGCUCAGCAUCGCGGGCACGGGGUGUGGGUUUGUGUCCGUCCUCUGCGGGCCCAGGGUGGCUCGGAUGGCGCGGAGCCCCGUUCCCCGCGCCCCCAGGGCCCCGGUCCCCGUUCCCCGCGCCGCCAGGGCCCCGGUCCCCGUUCCCGGUGCCCCCAGGGCCCCGGUCCCCGUUCCCCGCGCCGCCAGGGCCCCGGUCCCCGUUCCCCGCGCCGCCAGGGCCCCGGUCCCCGUUCCCCGCGCCGCCAGGGCCCCGGUCCCCGUUCCCCGCGCCCCCAGGGCCCCGGUCCCCGUUCCCCGCGCCCCCAGGGCCCCGGUCCCCGUUCCCCGCGCCGCCAGGGCCCCGGUCCCCGCUCCGCAGGCUGCCAAUGCCAUUGCAAAGUGGGUUCCUUGUGCCAGGCCCUGCUCAGCUCCCGCUGGGAACUCCGCUCGGGGUUCCAGCCCUGCACUCGUGGGCAUGAACCGAACCAGGGGGAGGGCAGAUUUCUCCAGGAAUAAAACACAGGGAGGUUUUUCCCAUGUGAGGGGAAGUAUCCCGCGUGGAGGUGACUCUUGGCCCUGGUUUUUGUGGUUGCCAAGGCAGGGUGUCUGGGACUCACGGUCUGCGGGACCAUGACCAGCUGCUGCCGCUGUUCAUGGAGUGAGGGGUAAAGUGAAGACAACCUUCAUUCUUCUAAAAUGUUGUGACGAGAUCUUCGCUGCUGCCAUAGCAGUUUUUGCAAACACCGGUGCCUACAUUCUUAAGCCUUCUUAAAGCAUUUGUGGGGCUUAGGUUAGCUUUUUUAGCCGUCCAAACCCAGGAGUGAAGAGGCAGGCAUUGCAGUCAUUUUUUGUAUUACACUUGGUUUUGUAGAGUAAAUUUCACUGGCUUGGUGCUGUUUAUUAUAUGUUCAAUUUAGCUCUGUAAAACAAUAUAUAAAAUAAAUUUAUUACAAACAA